CCUGUUGCGCGUUUAGAUCAGUCGUUUGGCGAGGGAGAGAGGAUAUCAGAGGGAUUUAUUCAUUGUUAAACUCGAGUCAUCUAAAAGCGGAAUAACUCUUUCUGGUUGGAUUUCUAGUUUUCCCGGAAGCUUCGUUCUUAUCCAUCAUGAAGGUUUUGAUCGCCUUGUUUGUUGUGGUGUUAGUGGAUGUCGUCGCCUCACAAUGUAUUUGUGACACAAUGAAAUGGGCCAGAUGUGAAGGACCACCAUGCCAAUGUACUCUUCAGUUUUCUUCAUCAAUCAAGCAACCGAUUGAUUGUACAAAAUUGGUUCCCAAGUGUUUCCUCAUGAAAGCAGAGAUGUAUCGCGCCAGGAACAACCUAACCACAAGAUCCAUUGGUGGGAAACCUGUAGAAACUGCCUUUGUGGACAACGAUGGCAUCUAUGACCCAGAGUGUGAGAGUAAUGGAAAGUUCAAGGCAAUCCAGUGUAACGGCACUGACGUGUGCUGGUGUGUGAACAGUGCUGGUGUGCGCAGAAGUGACAAGGGAGACAAGAACAUCAAGUGUGAGCCUGUGGAGACCUACUGGGUUCGUUUGGAACUGAAGCAUAACGUUACAGCUGUUGCUCUUGAUGCUACCAAACUGAAGACUGGGAUUGCGACUGCUUUGCUGGACCGUUACAAGUUGGAAAAGACCUUUGUGUCUGAUGUUCAGUAUGACAAAGAUGGUCGUCUCAUUGUUGUGGAUGUCCAAAAGGAAAAGGGGGAGCGCAUUACAGACCUGUCCCUCAUGACUUACUACAUGGAGAAGGACAUCAAAAUUAAGCCCCUCUUUUAUGAUGAAAGCAAACCAUUUGACAUCACUGUUGAGGGAACAAAGGUGUCCAUGGAGAAUGUCCUGGUGUAUUAUGUAGAUGAAGUGGCACCCACCUUCACCAUGCAGAAGCUGACUGGUGGCAUCAUUGCUGUCAUUGUGGUGGUCAGCUUGAUUGUGAUUGCAGGACUUCUGGUUCUGUUCUUCCUAGCACGGCGACAGCGGGCCCAGUACAGUAAAGCGCAGCCCAGAGAGAUGGAGACCAUGUCUUAAAGCUAAUAACGUCUUAUGUACCAGAGUCUGAGACUGGGAUGUGCCCCAAGCUGAAGCUUAAACCUGCUGUACUCAAAUUUUAUUUUUUUUUGCGACAUUUUCAUGUU